UCUCUCCAUUCUCCUUCUCUUUCUAAUUCUCCGCUCAUUCUCUUGCUACUUGUUCCUAUUCGGCUUGCAUCCAAGGAAUCUCCAGCUUUCGUCCAGUCCGAAUAUAAUCUACUCUCACUAAGAUACGGUCCCUCUUGUCUACGUCAAGAUGCUAUCACGUCACACAAUGAAAUACAGGGACGGGGAGUCAAAGUCAGCGUCAACAUCGUAGUCAACAUCGCAGGCAGGGUCAACACCGAUGACAGAAAUCUCCACCAAGACGAUGCCCACACCUUAUGUCACCCCUAAUACCUCUUCAUUGGCAAUGACAGGACAGUACCCGCCACAAACCUUCCGUGGAUUAAAGGAUUGUGAUCACGCUGUUAUGACCCUUUGGGAACGUUUACGCCAGCGAGACGCCAAUCAGUUCCUUUCUUUCAAGCAUGUCUCCGAGAAAUCUUUCCGGGCUCUGGCUGAGAACCGUGGUCAGCUACACGCCACUAUUCGAAUGACCUACUUCCCCGACAUAGAGACUCUCAUUAUCAAGGUUGUAACGGUCCCCCAUGAGAAAGCUCAUAGGAGUUUCACCGAUCAGGCCGUUGUUAGCUUGGCUACUAUGGGAGUCGACCUUGACGAGCGUGAACUAACCGGAGCGGCGAUAUAUACCGCGCCCUCUCGUUCGCAAAAGGAAGGAGACUCUACUUACAAAAAUGGACUCUUAAGACCCCGCGACACCGAUUGGCCCCAUUGGGUGAUCGAGAGUGGUGUAUUAGAGUCACUCCCUCGGCUUCGCCAGGAUGUCAACUGGUGGAUUGGAUACUCGGGCGGCAAAGUCCUCUUAGCAUUGAUCUUCAAAGUUUCCCGUGAGGCGAAGACACUCACGAUCGAAGAAUACUUCCCACGGCCCCGUUCAGGCCCAAGUACCAGGGCGCAAGCCGCGGCCGGCGGGCCGAGCUUUGUGCCACAGCUGAUUUCUAUUACUGUCGUGAAUAUGAGAAACAACACCCCCCACUAUCCAGGGGCCCUCAGUGGUCCUGGAGUUCAGCAGGAUAGUUGGUAGACAGCCAGUUUCACCCGAGAAGGAUCUGGUUUUUGGUCCUGAGGAGUUGAUCAAGAUAGGUCGAACAGUUUUUCGGGACAUCGCUUAAAGGGAUACCAGGAGAAAUCGGGGAGCUCCUUAGAAGUCUGGAAGAUUUUAUUCUGAAGCAGGUUGAAUGCUUAGUCUGUAG